UUAUUAAGCAGCAGUAUUAUAACGGAUAUGCAACACCACGCUACGCAUGGCACGCUCAUAUUUGGUGGUAAUGACAGGUCUUCUACAAGGCCGAGAGGCCGCGAGCUUACCAAGGACGAAAGCGAAGGGAUAUUGUAUGCAUUUGAGACCCUAGAUGCAGAAAGAACGGGUUAUGUAAGCCGGAAGCAACUAAAGGUCGCACUAAGGGCACUGGGCUUUGGCGUUAAAAAGGCGGAUGUCAUGGAGCUUCUCUCCCGACACGGUGAGGAGCACACUGAGCGCUUGGAUUUCCAGACGUUUCGCAAGCUCGUCGCGGACCAGCUUUCGCAACGGAGCGUGCUUGACGAGCAUCGUCGGGCUUUCCAGCUUUUCGACGUUCUAGGGCAGGGCGCGAUCGAUUUCAUUACACUAAAGCGUGUCGCCCGAAGCCUGAACCUAGACAUUCCGGACGAGGAGCUCCAGGACAUGAUACACGAAUUCGGCAAGGACGGUAUGAUCACCGAACAAGACUGGCUAGCUAUCAUGAGUACAGACUGAAUCAAGAUCCACCAAUGGGGCCGCGCUUCUGCGUUACAACAGGCCGUGUGCCCUUAACCUUUCUGUGAUAUAACCGGAUACCACCAACGAGUCCUCUUGAGCCGCUACCGCAACUGCAUGGAUAGGGCGCGCACAGCAAGCGCCAGCUCGCAGGGGUCACUGUUCAAGAGUGCUUGCAUGUCGACCAAGUCCGUUGGCCACAGCUGGCGAAGCUCCACGAGACCUGCCCGGGCCCAUGAACGCACAAAUCGCGCGCAGAUGUAAUUCGUUUGAGAUGCAGAAUAUUGUGGUUCCAUUAUGACAGACGCUGCCUCGCAUUUCCAGCCCUGGGGUUUGCUGCUGCAGCCUAGACAGAUGUAUGAAGAGUGUUUUAGGCUUGACCAGGUUUGCAGUUCUAUCGACGAGCAUCGAGUGACUUGUAGAAGUCCGAUGGGCAGGGAAAGAGUCUUAAGCCGACGAACCCCGAGGUGCAGCGUUUUCCCGCUUAUUUUGUAUAGCUACGGUGCCGAGAGCCGUGGGGUCGGCAAUGUCACUGUUUCAUCUGCCAAUAUUGCCUGUGACUCCGAUUUAUCACACCUUUCUCUGUAACCAGCCAGGG